AUGUCUGCUCCAUGGCCUUUUGUUACAUGGGGAAUAGACGUUAUUGGGCCAAUAGAUCCAAAAGCAUCUAACGAUCAUCGGUUUAUUUUAGUUGCCAUCAAUUACUUUACCAAAUGGGUAGAAGAUGUCACAUUCAAAUCAGUUACCAAGAAAGCGGUGGUGGACUUCAUUCAUUCCAACAUCAUAUGUCGUUUUGGCAUACCAAAAAUAAUUAUUACAGACAAUGCAAUGAAUCUCAACAGCCACUUGAUGAAGGAAGUUUGUGAGCAAUUUAAAAUUGUUCAUCGCCAUUCAACCCCUUAUCGUCCCAAAGCAAAUGGGGCUGUUGAAGCUGCGAAUAAGAACAUCAAGAAGAUUCUUAGAAAAAUGGUGCAAGGAUCUAGACAGUGGCAUGAGAAAUUACCCUUCGCUCUCAUGGGAUAUCGCACGACUGUUCGUACGUCAGUCGGUGCAACUCCUUACUUAUUGGUUUAUGGAACUGAGGCUGUCAUACCCGCAGAAGUUAAAAUCCCUUCUCUUCGAACCAUUGUUGAAGCAGAAAUCGAGGAUACAGAAUGGGUUAAAUUGAGGUUGGAACAAUUAGCACUGAUAGAAGAAAAACGAUUGACAUCAAUUUAUUUUGGUCAAUUAUAUCAGCAGAGGAUGGCUCGGGCAUAUAAUAAGAAAGUACGCCCAAGGAAUUUUGAAGUGGGUCAACUUGUUGUGAAACGUAUCCUUCCCCACCAAGACGAGGCCAAGGGUAAGUUUGCUCCAAAUUGGCAAGGCCCUUAUGUUAUUAAGCAAGUGCUAUCCAAAGGAUCUUUGCAAUUGGCGGAUAUGGAGGGAAAGGCAAUUGACACAGUUGUCAAUGCAGAUUCGGUCAAGAGAUACUACAUUUAG